AAAGAGGCUUGGGAAGGAAACAACAGAAAAGAAACUGCUCAUCAUAUUUAAAGGGAGGCAAAUGACAGUGGAGAUGAGGACGGAGGGAGAAAAGACCAUGAAAGUCAAAAAUUACAAAUAGAGGAAAAAAAAUUCCAAGAAGAACACCCAUCCGGAGAUAUGAAGAGAAUGAAAGUUUUAUGCUGCAGAGCCGUUCUAUGCUUUUCCGGCACAAAAUUCUCUCGCUGUUUUUAAGCCUCUUUGCGUUUGCUUGGCGUUGGCACUAAGAGGCAUGUUCAGCGGUGCCAGCAGCAUCUCCUCUUCCUUCUCCUCUUCCUCUUCGUCUUCCUCCUCUUCCUUUUCUUCCUCCUCCUUCUCCUCCCAUCAGCAAGAAGACAAACCGAGGACAGUCUUGAAAUAUCGAAAUUUCCUCCUUGGGAUUUGCCAGGGCCGCGUUGCGCCAAGAUUGUCGGAAUAAAGGACGCUGACUAUUGUAUUAUCAUUAUUUUAUUAAUUGGUCAGUGGGAAGAUUACAGAUGAGGAAAAGGGACGCCUGUCACCCUUCCUGCACUAAGAUUGAAAAAUGAGGCUGGACUGGGGGAAACCCUAAUAUGAAGCAAAAGGAACAAGAUUUUUAAAGACAUAAAGCCACAAGAGCCCCCUCGUAGCGUACUUUUAUUUGUAUUUUUUUGAGAUUUUUUUUUUUAUUCUGUGGUGGGGGGGAGGUGAUUGGGUGGCUGACUGGCUGCGGGAAGCUGCUUCCUUUCCCUUUGGAGAUGAUCGUGCUAUUAUUCUUUGCCUUGCUCUGGAUGGUGGAGGGUGUCUUUUCCCAGCUUCACUACACGGUACAGGAGGAGCAGGAACAUGGCACUUUCGUGGGGAAUAUUGCUGAAGAUCUGGGCUUGGACAUUACAAAACUUUCGGCUCGCAGGUUUCAGACGGUGCCUAACUCGCGGACCCCUUAUUUGGACCUCAACCUGGAGACCGGGGUGCUGUAUGUGAAUGAGAAGAUAGACCGCGAGCAAAUCUGCAAGCAGAGCCCCUCCUGCGUCCUGCACCUGGAGGUCUUCCUGGAGAACCCCCUGGAGCUGUUCCGGGUGGAGAUCGAGGUACUGGACAUCAAUGACAACCCUCCCUCCUUCCCGGAGCCGGACCUGACUGUGGAGAUCUCCGAGAGCGCCACGCCGGGUACCCGCUUCCCUUUGGAAAGCGCAUUCGACCCAGACGUGGGCACCAACUCCUUGCGCGACUACGAGAUCACCCCUAACAGCUAUUUCUCCCUGGACGUGCAGACCCAAGGGGAUGGCAACCGAUUCGCAGAGCUGGUGCUGGAGAAGCCGCUGGACCGAGAGCAGCAAGCGGUGCACCGCUACGUGCUGACCGCGGUGGACGGGGGAGGAGGCGGAGGAGGAGGAGGAGACGGAGUGGGAGGCGGCGGGGGAGGGGGCCUACCCCUCCAGCAGCAGCGUACCGGCACGGCUCUACUCACCAUCCGAGUGCUGGACUCCAACGACAACGUGCCUGCCUUCGACCAACCAGUCUACACUGUGUCCCUACCAGAGAACUCGCCCCCAGGCACGCUCGUGAUCCAACUCAACGCCACGGACCCGGACGAGGGCCAAAACGGCGAAGUCGUGUACUCCUUCAGCAGCCACAUCUCGCCCCGAGCGCGAGAACUCUUCGGACUCUCUCCGCACACCGGCCGCCUGGAGGUGAGCGGCGAGCUGGACUAUGAAGAGAGCCCAGUGUACCAGGUGUACGUGCAAGCCAAGGACCUGGGUCCCAACGCGGUGCCUGCGCACUGCAAGGUGGUAGUGCGAGUGCUGGAUGCUAACGACAACGCACCGGAGAUCAGCUUCAGUACCGUGAAGGAGGCGGUGAGCGAGGGCGCGGCGCCAGGCACAGUGGUAGCCCUAUUCAGCGUCACAGACCGCGACUCAGAGGAGAAUGGGCAGGUGCAAUGCGAGCUGCUGGGGGACGUGCCGUUCCGCCUCAAAUCUUCCUUCAAGAACUAUUACACCAUCGUGACCGAGGCCCCACUAGACCGAGAGGCAGGGGACUCCUACACUCUGACCGUGGUGGCCCGGGACAGAGGCGAGCCGGCACUUUCCACCAGUAAGUCGAUCCACGUACAAGUGUCAGAUGUGAACGACAAUGCGCCGCGCUUCAGCCAGUCUGUCUACGACGUGUAUGUGACCGAGAACAACGUGCCGGGAGCCUAUAUUUACGCGGUGAGCGCCACCGACCGCGAUGAGGGCCCCAACGCCCAGUUAGCCUACUCCAUCCUCGAGUGCCAGAUCCAGGGCAUGAGCGUCUUCACCUACGUGUCCAUCAAUUCUGAGAACGGCUACUUGUACGCUCUGCGCUCUUUUGACUACGAGCAGCUCAAGGACUUCAGCUUUCAGGUGGAAGCCCGGGACGCCGGCAGCCCACAGGCUCUGGCGGGCAACGCCACCGUUAACAUCCUUAUCGUGGAUCAGAACGACAAUGCCCCUGCCAUCGUGGCGCCCCUUCCGGGGCGCAACGGGACUCCUGCGCGCGAGGUGCUGCCCCGCUCGGCGGAGCCGGGUUAUUUGCUCACCCGCGUGGCUGCAGUGGACGCUGACGAUGGUGAGAACGCCCGCCUCACCUACAGCAUCGUGCGGGGCAAUGAAAUGAACCUCUUUCGCAUGGACUGGCGCACCGGGGAGCUCCGCACAGCGCGCCGGGUGCCGGCCAAGCGCGACCCCCAGCGGCCUUACGAGCUGGUGAUCGAGGUGCGCGACCACGGGCAGCCGCCCCUAUCUUCCACCGCCACCCUGGUGGUGCAGCUGGUGGAUGGUGCCGUGGAACCCCAGGGCGGGAGCGGGGGCGGAAGUGGGGGGUCAGGGGAACAUCAGCGACCCGGCCGCUCCGGCGGCGGGGAGACUUCGCUGGACCUCACCCUCAUCCUAAUCAUCGCGCUGGGCUCGGUGUCCUUCAUCUUCCUGCUGGCCAUGAUUGUACUGGCUGUGCGCUGCCAAAAGGAGAAGCAGCUUAACAUUUACACCUGCCUGGCCAGCGACUGCUGCCUCUGCUGCUGCUGCUGCGGCAAUGGGGGCGCGACCUGCUGCGGACGUCAAGCCCGGGCGCGCAAGAAGAAACUCAGCAAGUCAGACAUUAUGCUAGUGCAGAGCUCAAACGUCCCCAGUAACCCUGCCCAGGUGCCCGUGGAGGAGUCUGGGGGCUUUGGCUCCCACCACCACAACCAGAAUUACUGCUACCAGGUCUGCCUGACCCCAGAGUCCGCCAAGACCGACCUGAUGUUUCUUAAGCCCUGCAGCCCCUCGCGGAGUGCGGACACCGAGCACAACCCCUGCGGGGCCAUAGUCACUGGCUACACCGAUCAGCAACCCGACAUCAUCUCCAACGGAAGUAUUUUGUCCAACGAGACCAAACACCAGCGAGCAGAGCUCAGCUAUCUAGUUGACAGACCUCGUCGAGUUAACAGUUCUGCAUUCCAGGAAGCUGACAUAGUAAGCUCUAAGGACAGUGGUCACGGAGACAGUGAACAGGGAGAUAGUGAUCAUGAUGCCACCAAUCGCGGCCAGUCAGCUGGUAUGGAUCUCUUCUCCAACUGUACCGAGGAAUGUAAAGCCCUGGGCCACUCAGAUCGGUGCUGGAUGCCUUCUUUCGUCCCUUCUGAUGGACGUCAGGCUGCCGAUUACCGCAGUAAUCUGCAUGUUCCCGGCAUGGACUCUGUUCCAGACACUGAGGUGUUUGAGACUCCCGAAGCCCAGCCUGGGGCUGAGCGGUCCUUCUCCACCUUUGGCAAAGAGAAGGCCCUUCAUAGUACUCUGGAGAGGAAGGAGCUGGAUGGACUGCUGUCUAAUACACGAGCGCCUUACAAACCACCAUAUUUGACACGGAAAAGGAUAUGCUAGUCAAUUCUACAGACUUACCUGAAGCAGCAUGAUUUGCACAAAAGUCGACCAACAAAAGCAUCAACUUUUCAACUUCAUUAUCUUGGCCAUCCAGUUAGUUUUGUGUAACUGAGUAUUAGAUUGCCGACGGAGUCAUCGUGGCCAAUUAUAGGACCUAAUUGCUCUCAGCAGGCCUGAGAAAUGAGUUGAAAUGUAUGGAACUGUAGAACUUUAGAGGCAACGGAUCUUGCCUCUCUGAUCAGUGUGUGCCUGUUUACAGCACUAUAUAUCUUUCUCUCUCCAAAUGUCACUGAGCCCUUUAGAUGUUUAUAUUCACCACGAGAAGCCAGUCAUAAAGAUAAAGGAAAUUUGUGCAUUAUAAAUGCAAUAUCACUGUUUUAAACUUGACUGUUUUAUAUUAUUUUGUGUGAUCAAGUGUCCCCCAAACUAUUUCAACUUUACAAGAGAGAUUGUGAUUAUGUUCUUUUCACCCGUGGGUUAAAAAAUGUUGUAUUCUGAAGACCCACAAAAUAUCAAAGACAUUCUGUAGUUUAUACACCGUGUUGCAAAGUGUUUACUGUACUAUUUCAAAGCUUCUAAAUAAAUAUAAAAUAUAUAUAUAUUAUAUUAUAUAAUUUUCCUAAAAUGUGGUACAACUUAGUUGGUUUUUAAAUGGAUUCAUACAGUCCACACCAUACAAUAAAGUAAAAGGUAAUUCAGGGUCCCAAAGAUAAACUUUUUAAGAAAAAAGAAAAACACAUCAUUAAUAGUUUUCCUCCCAUUUCUCAUCUUAGUCAACCCUGUUUUUCCUUGUUUAAAAGAAAACAAAGCUAUAAGCUACAAAAUUUUGUCAAGAAUUCGUACUGAAUUUUCAAUGCCAAAGAUGUAGCUGUCGAUGUUAUCAGUCUGAGCACUGAACACGUACUAUCAAAAUAUCUAACAAUCUACAUUAUUUCGAUUCUAUUUCUAUGGCUUUGAAUUUAGAAUCACUUAAAACUUUUAUAAAGAACCUAUAACUUCACCUGUAUAUGUUGUUAGAAGGAAAAAAAAAACACUAGGUGUCUGUACAUUUUGUGGUGUAAAAUAUGUAAUUGAAGAUGACUAUUUUAAGAAGUCCUCAGUCAUAUAACUCAGAACUUUAUUUUACAUAGUUUUACAUAGUUUUGUGACUCAAUUACACAAGAAUAUACAAUCUGUUUAUAACACUCUAUGAAUAUUUAGAGAUAUAUAAAUAUCUGAACUGAUAAAGAACAGCUAUACGUUAUAAAGGAUUCCUAAAUUUAAAACAAAUUAAAUAAAUUUGGAGAUAGAAACAUGGUACAUUAUUUCAGUAUUAUCUUAUAUGCGAACAUUUUAAAGUUUAAAUGUGGCUAGUGUUUUAUUAGUGAGGUAGUUUUUCAUGAGCAUCAGCCUUGAAAAGUAAAGUUUGUAUUUUAAUUUUAUGUCAAUAAGUUAAUUAUUAAAAUCAGUGAGAUGUAUUUUCCUUUCUUUUACAUACAUUUUUUUUCUUGUUUUUAACUGUUGUUCAUUGCUAUUGAAAUACAAUUAAGAGAGGGAAAGAUCAGAGAAUGUGAGAGAAUCUUUCAAGCAAAAAACCGAAUUAUCACAGCUCCCCUCUAAAAAACCUUCUACAUCACACCUAAAUGUUUGCCCAAGCUUAUUUAUAGAGCAUUUUUUAAACAUUUUCCUUAAUUUUAACUAAUCUUAUGUUCAACGAUAUUUUGAGUUGACUUGUAUUACUAAAGAAUAGACUAAAACCUAACACUUAACAGAUGUUUUCCAUUUAAUUUUAUGUGUUUUAAAUGAGAAUUUUCUCCUUAGUUUUAAUAUUAAAAUGAAUAAAAAUAUUAUUAGGUUCUUGAUAUGUAUAUUCCAGAGAUAUUUUUGAAUCACUCAUAUAAUUGUUUUCAAGGUAGAUAUUAACAUGCAAUCAUUUCAAUCAGCUUAUAGUUUGAAAUAACGUGUAAUGUUCCAGUCUUUUUAGAACUCUGAAAAUAUAUGAAAUUCAUUAACCAUACAUGAUACAAAGAGCACAUAUGUUCGCUAAGUGUAGUAGUAGUAUUUUCUCAAACGUUUGGCAUUACUACAUUAAUAUUUUGAAUAGGAGACAAUUUUAUUAAGGAAAUAUUUCUAUAUAAUUUAGUUGGGGAAAAAUUUGUGUGUUAUAAUUCCUUUUUAAACAAGAAAGUGAUUUUCUUGUUGAUUCAGUCUGCUUUGAUUAAAACCUUUCAUGCAUCAUUUUACAGUCAUGGGGAAAAUAAAACAUCCAUCUUAUUUAUUACAUGCCAUUGAAAAUAAGGUUGUACAAAUUUUACAUAUGAAAACUAUAUUAAUUCAUUUGAUUAAAAUAAAUUGUCUUUAAUUAUUUAACCCUUUAUAUUAUUGUAUAUAAUCUCACUUGAAUCAAUGUCUUAUAUAUCUGUGUGCUAGUUAUUUUUAUUAUAUCAUAGCAACUAAUUGUGCUCAUUUUCAUUUUAGGAUUUAAAUUAUAUCAUCAAUCUGCAAAAAAAAAAAAAAAAAACCUUUUUCCAAAAUUUGUGGGACAGAUAGCAUUAUUUUAACGUAAAAAACUAAAUGAUUAGGAUAUUAACUGCCUAUUGACACAAGAAUAAAUCAGAAGUUACAACAGAGUAAGGAUAUGAUUUGAGUAAAUUGGCUAAAACGUCAUCUAUCAAUGAAGGGGACUAUAAAAUGGAAAAUGUGACCAACAAAUACUGAAAGUUUCCAAAUAAGCGUUUACUGGAUUAGUAUUUCAAGGAAUUUAAAAAUAGGUUUUUUAUUUUAAUUUGUUCAUCCUAAUAUCCACUCUUCUAUAAUUUCUGUACACAUUAAAGGAAAGUAAUAUCCAGCUCCGACAGUAUUCCAUUGAUAAAUCAUUUCAGAAAAGAAUAGUCAUGGCACCUACUCCUUAUUAACAUGGUCAGUUUUAGAGCAGUAAGAAGUCAACAAAUUUUCCUGUGGAAACAAUGUCUCAAUGUUUCAAAAGUAUGUCAAAUGACAAUUUUUAGAAAUAAUAUCAUCAACAUAUAAAAUUCUAAUUUUUAAUGUGUAAACCUAAUUUUGUGAAAUCAUUUUAAAUCAAAUAUUUAAAUAUCACAUCAGAAUUACUUUAGCAAUAUAGUUAUGUCAACAAUAUAAACGUAUCAUCUUUCCUGGGAAAUAUUAAGGGAAUAUGUAAGUUUAUUUUAUGAAAAUAUUAAAUGCAAUGCCUUUAUAAAAUAUUGCAAAGUAAGUGCUAUAGGGGAAGAUUUAAACAUUCUAAUCACUCAUUAUCCUGUUUUAUUUCUUAGUAAUGUUAUAAUUUGUUGUCACAUAUUCUGUAAUGUAGAAUCCCUCCUGCUUCUCCAAUAUGGAGGAGGAAAAAGAUCCUUACAAUUCUCUUCAUAAACUUUAAUAAAUGCACAUUAGUCAUACUGUUUUACCUUCCCAAAGUAUUAACUGGAGUUAAAUUAAUCUUUAGUAUAAUUAGUCAAUUAAAAUGUGGCAAAUGUUAAGUAGGAUAAAACAUUAUGUUAUUGACUGAUAAUCGCAGAGUUAUUUGUGAUUGCAUGUUUUUUUUCUCUCUUACAUUUCUAUGUAUGCUUUUAAUACCCAAGGAACUCAAAAAUACUGAAAAUGUUGAUGUACUUGAUAAUUUUUCUUAAAAUCCUAUAUUUUUCAUACUGUAACUUCUUGGGUUAAGUUUUUCAACUCUAAUUUUGUAGUGGUAAAGGCUUUGCACUUAACAUCCUUUUUAUUUUCCUUUUUAACAAGGAAAAACAGAAAAUGACAAAAUUCCAUAUUUUUUACAUUAUGGAGUAGUAAAAUUAUUUUAUAUAUUGUUAAUACUUCAAAGAAUAGCCCUCUGCUAAGUCAAACAAAUUCCUUACACAGUAACUUGUGAAACUGUUCAGUAGAGUAUUUUUUUCUUCUAAAACUUGGCAUAGGUUUUAGAUUAUAGCAUUCUGUAAGAAUGCAAGUAGAUGGGUGCCACCCGAGUAUUGCAGGCAAUAAUAUGACUAAAAUUCUAAUACUUUUAGUGUGCAUGCAUGUAUUUCUAACCACUGUUAUUUUUUAAGUAUUUGUAAAAUUAGAAAAAUGACUUAUUUCUUGAAAACUUGUCACAUGCUUAGUUUGAAGUUUUACACUCCAGAUGUUUUUGAAUUAUGUGAAAAUAUUGCAUUAACGAUGCAAAAGUAUUAAAUUUUCACGAGACUCAAAAAUUUCUGAAUGGUAGAACUCAGACUUCCAAUACAUCCACUUAAGCUUGAGCUGAAAGUAAGGAGGGAAUUUCAGCUCUAAAUACAUUUUGAGACACUUAUCUGUGAGUGAAAACAGGGUAUUAUAACAAAAGAUGAGUUUCAAUCUUAACUAUAGUGUUUGUUACUGUGAAUGCUAUAUAAUACAUAAGUAAAAUGAGUGUAAAUGUAAUAUAUUAUUUUAUACUGCUGUAUACAUAUGAAAUAAAUAAAACUAGGAUACAUAUUAUACCAUUUUUCCACGCAUGGAUCUUCCACUGACGCCUGUGGGAGCUUUGAAUAAAAAUCACUGGCAAAAUAUGGCCUUAAGUUUAAAAACAAACUAAUGCUGAUUUAGUAAUUUUAGUCUUAAUGUAAUGGAUCUAAGAGGACAUCUGUUCAAAACCGAGUCUCAUUUGAAGCAACAUAUGCCUAGUUUUAAAGGAUUUCACUAUAUUUAUAGUUUUGAAAGAAGGCAUCUAGUUCCAUAUAAUUCUUGUGCUACCUAGAAUGAAUCUUUUAAAUAUGUUUGUGUGUGUGUGUGUGUGUGUGUGUGUGUGUGUGUGUGUAUUUCCAUCUGAUGUUAUAUAUUCUUUUUACUUGUCUAGUAUGUAGUAAGAGCAAGGGUCCACAACGACUAAUACAGUGGUUAUAUUCAAGAUAUGAAUGCCUUCAAGGAUAAAAGAAAACUAUUUUACCUAAAAUUUUAGAAACAAGUUAUUUCAUGUUUAAAGUUGAUGGAAACAUAGGAUAAAAUAAAAUUUAUAUGGGUCUCACAUUCCAGAAAGUAAAUAAUUCAAUCAGAAGCAUUCCUGUCAGAAAUGUUAAAAAGCUGAAUUCAUUAAUGAUGGAAGAUUAAAAAAUAACAAACAUGGAGUAUACACAAAGAAUAUAGUAAUUGUUCUUGACUGAAAAAUCAUGCUCUUGAAGGCAGCAAAUCCUAAUCAAGACAUAGAUAUAUUUUAUAAUGUAAAAAUAACCUGAAUAAAUCAGAUAAAAAUUUAGAUUCUGAAAUAGUUAAAAGGUAAUAGAAGAAUUAUUGUGCUUCUUAAACUCAUGGGUGGUUUGGGUAACUGAUUUUCUUACAUUCAAACUAGACGUGUAAAGCCCCAUUUUAUGAGGCAAGGGGAAGACUGGGUAUACCUCUAGCUAUGAACAUCUAACAAAGCCAACUCUAUGGUGGAAAAGAACUAAAUAAAACAUGCAGGAACUAUAGCUCUCAAUGAAAUAUUAUGAAUUAUAAUUGCAAGUGGCCUUGGUUCCCCAGUAGAACUCUACCUCCUACCCAUUACUUUCAGACUUUUCUGGGAAUCAUAUCAUUGACUCUACCAUUUAGCCAAUAGUAUGCAUUUUCAGGGGUAAAAUUAUAUUUUGUUAGAUUCAAAUCCAUAUUUGAGUUUCUGAAAAUGAGUGGUUGUAAGAAUGCAUGGAAACAUCUGCUUUCAAGAAAAUUCUAGCCUGCAUUGGGAGCCAAAGAAACUGUAGGAAAAUAUUAAAUAAUUAAGUGAUCAAAUAAGUGAUCAAAUAAGUGAUCAAACUCAGUGGUCAAAACCCAUCAGUGGAUCAUCAGAUCAAUAAAUGUUUUAGGACCAUAAUAUAAAAACAAAAAUAAGUGAAUAGAAUAGGCAAAAGUAGAAUAGAAAGAUAGCAAAACAUAUUCAUAGCGAAGUAAAUAAUACUGUGAAACAUUUUUCCAGGUACAUGUGUGAAACUAAUCACAAAGUGAAAUAUAUUUUUUGCUGUGAGUCAUGCUCCAAAUAUUUGAAAAACACUGCACCAUUAGCUCUUUAUUUAAAAUUUAAGCUUAUUUAAUGAUAUGGGAAGUCAGGGAAGAUAUUUUCAAAAAGUUGUUCACAUCUGAAUAUUAAUCUUUACCUUUUGUUAAAUAUGAUAAGUACACCUAAUUGUAGAAUUUUUUUGUGAAAAUUAGGAAAAUUGAAUGUGGAAUGCAUAGCACAAUACUAGUUCACAGAAGUAGUAGAUUUUAUUAAUAUUAUUUUCUAUUACCAAUGUUCUUGGUUACCAAAAGCAUAGAACACAGUCUACAAAUUGAAAUAAUUCUUUUUCUCAAAAUUCCAGACUGCUGUGGAGUUAUAUAUCACAGGUGCCAAUUUCAAAACCUAAAAAUGAACCUAGUCUUGCUUUGAUAUCCACUCAUCAGCCCUGCUCACCUAUGCCUUUACACUUAUCAGGAAUCCAGGAAAUAAAACUCACCACUGGCUGAAUUCCAGUCAUCUUUAACUCUUUCUUGCAACUCUCAAAUUCUCCUCUGUCCCUGCUAUUGAAAAAAAAGUAUGUAUGAUUGCACCAGGAAAUAUUUACCUGAUUCUUUCCCUUGACUGCUACAUGAAUUUUGAAUAUCCUUCUAUUUCCAUUCAAAUAAAUGUUAGCUGGAUUUACCACAUAAUUGUCAGAAUUAUGUAAUUUGUAUAUGUCUACCAUAUUAUGGAAAAGAAUUCGGGCAGUAUACAGUUAUCUGCUAGAUUGAAUUGGAAUCUUUUAAUUUACUUUCUGGUCUUCUUGAGGUUGUCAUUCAUUAGCUUGGCAUAUUCUGUUCCCCAGAGCUGUACUUUGGCUAUUUGAAAAUUUUCUGAAUUUUUUUUCUUUUCUCUUUAAUCAAUCAAUAGUUCUGUUCUCUUAUCAUGAAAACUAGGCUUUAAAUUUACCAGUUGAAAUAAAGUAGCUCAUAUUAAUUUGUGACUGGA